CCUGCUUUUCAUACCAAAGUUGUCCUAUCGACAGUCCACACAAAGAAAAGUCAAAGAUGGACAAGCACAUCUCUGAUGAUGAUGACUUCUAUACUGAUGAAGAAGACGAAGAAUGGAACGCUCCCAUUACCGCAGCUUGGGGUGCCCCGUCGUCCGAGCAAGAACCUGGAUCUGUUGAAGAAAAUGACGGAUCUGGCGACGUUAACGGUUGGCAUCAAAUUGCAGAUCCCAACGCAAAGUUACGAGCAGAUGGUGUGGGCGCUGGAAACCUACAUCGUCAAGGAAAAAAUUUCAAACCUGUGGACGAGUCCUACAUUGUGAAUCAGAGAUUGGGUAAAGCUGCACCCAAGAAAACUCAAGCGAAACCUGUACCAGUCCAUACGAAAGCGACACCUAAGGUCAGCAUUCGAUCUGUUUCUGGAAGCAAACCUCCUCAUGUCAUUUCGGCCCCUGAAGCGGGAAAGAAGGCUGCAAAAAAGGCUCGUCAAGCUGCCCUUGCACUUGCUGCAGAACGAGCUCGUGCGGUUGAAAUGGCCGCCGCAAAGAAAAGACCACCUUCAAAAGUGGAGGAUGUACAGGUUCAGUCAACUUGGGCUGCUGGUGCUUCGCUAGUCACAACGCCCUUCUGGGAACAGUCUUCUUCGAUGUCGUCGGUACACGCACGACAACCACAGCAGCAAAACGAAGCACAAAGCGGGAAACCAUCUCGAACUCCUGUCGCUCAAACUCAAAAGCCUGCCUUUACGCCUGCGCCAGCACCACAGUCAGCAAGUAAGUUUGGUAUGCAGAUCAAAGGUCUCGGCGAGAGCAUGAGGAAACUGGAGAUAGCAAGAGCUGCUUCAGCUGCUCAAGCUGCUGAAGAUGCCCGUUCUUCAGCAAGAUCUGUAUCAACAGGGCGUGAUGUUGCGGCCAAAUCAAAAAGCGUUCCGCCAGAAACCAGGCACACCCCUAAGCCAGCAAUUCCCUUAAACAAACCUAAUUCAGCACCUCCAAAACUAAAAACAAAGCAGGAGCCAGUCCAGCCUUCUAAGCCAAGGCAACCAACAUCCUUUACACCAGCUCCUGCUCCAAAACCAACCACUAGCACAAAGGAAAUCAGUUCAGCUCAUUCGAAGUGGGCCAACCCUGCUGCUGUGCCUGCAGCUAUACUUUUCACUUUGAAUAUUGAACUAGAGAAAGGAGAAACGAUGCCAAUUACCAUUCGAGCGAACGAUGAUCCUAGACAGCUGGCUGUAGCAUUUGUUGAACGUUUCCGAAAGCGCAGCGGUGACGGAGCGUCCGUAAACAAUAACAAUGUUGUGGAAGCCUUGACCCAUCUCAUUCAGCAGCAAAUUAAAAUCAAGUCUGGCAAAGCGUAGAUAUCAAAUCUCUAUCGCUAUGUCAGUCAAUCUAUACUGCUAAUUUUUCAUUCGAUCCAUCCUAUUUCAACACUUAUUUGUUUUAAUUCGAUUGUCACCAAACUGUAGAUGAUACCAAAAUAUAUGAAUGCAUUCCAAAUAAUGGGUAAUGUUGAGGGUUAAUGGAGGUAUUGGUGAUACCGCGUAAUUUCGCGAUUUUAGUGAUGUGAAAAAUGCGUUUUGUUGAGUCUGACUGGCUUCCAAGAUACACAGUGCCAAUGGCGGCGACUUUGCCAUUCCAUAAAAUUUUCUUCAUUCACCGGACGAUAGCCCUAUCCUUUCAUCUCAUCCUCUUGCAGCCGGUCGUAGACUGCCUUUGUAUCCUGAGAGCUCCC